AUGGCCAGGGAAGGAGUGUCGCGGAUUCUGAGUGUCGCGGUUGUGACUCGACGUGGUCUUUGUGCGGGUGAUGACUCUACGUCUGGUCCUCCAUACGAGACAUACGGUUGUAAGCACGAAGUUGCCAGGCCCAUUAUCGGAAAACUCGCAGCAUCCAGUUGGCAACAGUAUAUUGCUCGAUGUGAGUGUGAUCUGGACUUUGUGAAGUUUGGAUCAAUCGUCCAAGGUUGCGAGGACCUGAAUAGUCAACUGAACGUCAUUGUCCCUGUCUGCCUUCUCGGCGGCCUCGAGAACCUUGCUGGAACUGGGCCUGGACAACCUGUGACGGCAAUCAAGGUCGUUCCGGUUCCAGAUGAAAUCAGUCAAAUCAGUGACGCGAAAGCCAGCCCUGUUCCCAGACUCUGGUAG